AUGGAGGACCGCCGCCAGAGACUCCGGGCGUACCGGCGGGCCCGCCGAAAGUUCGCCCUCAUCGUCUACAUCCUGACCAUUGCCUGGAUGGUGCUGGCCAUCAUUCAGUGGCUCAUUGUGUCCUUGAUAAACGAAAUAAGCGACCUGUUCCACCACUCUUACUGGAUAAGCCUCAUAUUCUUUGCGGUGGCGAUGCUGUUGGUCAUCCUGUUUAUAUUUUUCGAGAAGGUCCGGUUCAUAAUCGGUCUCAACUGGCUGCUAGCCGUGUUAAUAGUGGAGUUCAUCAUCAUCGGAUUGUUUGGACUGGUGGCCCGAUCUCCUUGGCCAGACAUAGUAAUGUGGUUCUUGAUCUGCAUGCUGCUCAUUUUCAUAUUCGUACUUCUGGGCUCCAUAAUACCGCACGACCUAACUCUGGAUGUGGUGAUACUGUUCGUGCUGGCCUUCAUUUUCCUGAUGAUCACCAUCUACUUCGUCAUGCUGUAUAUUCUGGUCGACAUGCCGUUCUCCUUUGUGGUUUUCCAAGUCUUUGUCAGUAUCAUAGUGCUGCUGUUCGUCAUGUAUCAUGCCCAGACCAUUAACGGUGGACGGUUCGCGGAGAUGCGCCUCAAUGAUCAUCUGCUGGCCUCGCUCAUCCUCUUCCACGACUUCAUCAUCCUCUUCCUGCUGUCCUUCUACGCGCAGAUCGUCCACAAGUUUGCCACCCGAUUCUCGACCUCCACCAGUGAGCCAACGGAGACUACGACAGUUGACAGUCUGAGUGAUAGCGCGGAUGGGGCUAACAAGCCCAUCUUGAGUGAUGGUGGUGAUCAAAAGCCUCCCGGAUAACCUGCCCGGCCAGGAGUACUUUCUCCCUAAUCUCCUGCUGGUCUCGCUCAUCCUCUUCCACGACAUCAUCCCACACUUCUAGCUUUCCCCUCAAGAUCCUCCACAAUCCAUUCAAAUCCAGAUGAUGUCGGGGAAGGGGAUGACGAGUCUAGAAAUAGUGACUAGGAUUCAAGAUCUCCUGACCCCCGACUAGGACACCGGCACUCGUGAUACAUCAUAUGUCUGUGGAAUUGUGAGAACCCUUCGUGGGGAGACACCUGCAUGUAUGAACUCAUCCAAAAAUAAACAAAUAGAGCGUCUUUAACUGGAACCUUGAAACUUUAA